AUGGAUGUUUCAUCUUAUGUUUCAUCAUCACAAUUGAAAACUAUCACCGGUGAACGAACAAAAAAUUUAUUAUUACUAUAUUUCAAUGAUAAAAGUCUUAUUUCAUGUCAAGUAAAUCUUGAUAAAUCAAAUGAUAAAGGUUCUCUUCGGCUGACUUCAUUGGAUCGAGCUGAUAAAUUUUGUCUCAAAAGUCACUGUCUUACUGCCUACAACAAUGGCAAAACUGAGUUUAAUUUGCACAAUAUUCAUUCACAUACAUGUUAUGAACCGAUUCAACUGGAUAAUGAAUGUCAAGAAUUAUGCUUGAAUGAAACUGCAACUAAUGUUUUUGCACUAGUUAAACCUCGAGUUUUAUUCAUGUAUCGAAUUAAUGAUUAUCGACAAUUGGCAAAAUUAUUUGUCUAUGAUUUUGUCUCGUUCAUCAUAGCCGUUAAAGAAUUUCUCGUGUUAGCUAUGAAUGAUCGACGUCUACUAACACUAAUGAUUGCCGAUCCUGAUGAUCCUACGUUGCAGACAAGAAUACAAUCAUUACCGAGCAGAAGUCUUCAGCGUAUAAGCAAAUCUGCAACUACAAAACUUCUUCAACAUAUAGAGAAAUGUGUCAAUAUGAUUUCAAGCGACGAAGACGACUCUGACUUUGAAGAAGACAAUACCGAAGUUAAUAAUCAUCCUACCAGCAAGAAAGAUAACAAAACUACUAUACAAAAACUUGUACAACCUACGAGCCUCUUUCGUUUUGUUACUCGAUGGAAUGGUCGACAUUCACUUUUGAAGAUGAGUAACGAUGAAGAUAUACGAUCGAAACUUAUGGCUAUAUUAUUGAACAACGCAGAUUCGUUCGAUAUUGCGACAAUUGCAGAUGAUUGUGACAUUGAAACUCAUGAUGAUGAUAACGAUGUAGAAUCUUCCGGUCUUGUUAUUGAAAGUGACAAAAAACAACAACAAUAUGUCGACGUUGACUUGAACGAUAUUCGUCAAAAGACAUUAGAAUACGAUCGAAAACAACUCAAAGGAAUUCAGUUCGCCAAUGCGGGUGAUAGAAAUUUGAAAGUUGUGAACAAUUACGCAAUUACUUCGAAUACAUGUAAUCUCAUUUGA